AUGAUAGCAGCUGCACAUUUUGAUCCCGACGCCGUCUUUAUUGAGAAAGGAAAGAAGGUAAUAUACGGAAGAGAAGAUCUAAAGAAGGAGCAUGAAAGCUUUAAAGAAAAAAUUGGUAGAGGAACGGCUAAGAUAAGUGACGACCGCUAUCUGAUGGCUGGCGAUUACAUCAUCGUCAAUGCUAACUAUGAGAUCACUCCGGAGAAAGAAGGGCCAGUGGUGAAAGGAAAAUUCACGCAGAUUUGGCGUAAGACUGACGACAAAUACCUGGUCCUGCACGAGGAGUUUACAGCAGAAGAGGCUUGA